UACAUAGGUAGCUACACGCCUCCGUGAGCCGGCUCUCAAUGUACAUCAACUGCGUACCAAGAUUGCUUUCAACCUCGCAUUAGCGACAACAAACUGAAGAAUAGAAUAGCGGCGAGGGUGUGAAGAAUCAUGGAAGAUAACAAAUCCGAUCUCUUGCAAUAUGCGCGCGAGUACGCAACGGCGAACAAAGACUUGUACGAGCUCCUGUCGGUGGCGCCGGACGCUGCGCAACCCGAGGUGCACCGCGCCUGGCGCAAAGCGUCGCUGAAGCACCACCCUGACAAGGCGAAGAACUUCGAUCCGGAGACAUGGCAGCUUUUCGAGCGGGCGCGCGACGUGCUCUCGCUGCCCGAGGCGCGCGCGGCGUACGAUUCGGCUCGCGCCGCGGCUGUCAAGGCGCAGCAAGCGCGGGCGGCACUCGACGCAACGAAGAGGGCUAUGAUCGAUGACUUGGAGGCCAGGGAACGCGGCGUCAAAAGGAAAGCGGAGGGGAGAGGAGAAAGGACGAUGAUGACGGAUGCUGAGAAGAGGGCCCUCGCGGAGAGGACGACCGAACGAUUAGAGAAACGCCGGCGGAUGAAGGAGGAGGCCGAAGCCAGGGAGCGCGAGCGGAUGGGCGAUGUUUCGAAGAGAGAACCCGAACCUCGGCCGAUGCACUUCAAUUCCACAACGAUACCGACCUCCGCGAGUAACGGGGCGGCAAAUGCAGACAUCUCACAUGCGGAGCCACCGGCAGACGAAUACGACGACCGGAUAGCGGAUCUCGAGCGGAAGCUCCGGGAGCGAAGAGCCGAGAAAGCAGCGCGCAAAGCAGAAAAGAAGAACAAGAGCGGCAAUAGAGUUCGAAGAAGCGAGAACGAUGAUAAUCGCGGCGGAGAUGGGGAAGCCACUACCGCGCAAACAAACACGACAACGACAACAAAUACACCACCACCCAUCGCGAAACCCAUCCCUCAAUCUAUACCGAUGGCCACGACGCAACAAGCUCAGAAAACGUCGAACGCCGGCCUAGGCGGUACCUCCUCACUCAUGGAGAAACUGAGGGCCGCGCAGAGGGAGAAAGAGCGCAAGAUGGCUGAGACUGUUGCUGCUGCUGCUGCUACCACUGUGACGACGUCGCCAGAUGGGUAACCCGACGGUCUGGGGACGAAAAUAAAGAGGAUGAUAAAAAAAAAAAAAAAAAAAGAGUUAGAAAAUCGAACCAGUUAUUACACACGACUGACGAACAAAUAUGAUCCUGUAGAUUCUUGGCCCUGGCUUUGGGACAUGGUUCACAAAAGAUGAGAACGGACGGCAUAUACUUAUUACGAUACCCACUACGAUAGACAAACAUGUAAUGAUACCUGAGAUAACCACUCCGCGGUGAGAUGAACUCACUUGCUUCCGCAGGCCUUGGUUUACGUGAGAACUAGACGUUUUGUUUUGAAAUCGAAAGGUUUUAUUUUAUACAUGCGACUUGGUA